ACAACCAAAAAAAAAUAUAUUAUUUGCAGUUCUUUAAACGAAAGAAAGAUGCCUGAUGCCGAGCAAUUACCCGAGGGCUGGGAGAAGCGUACCAGCCGUUCCACAGGUAUGAGCUACUACUUGAACGUGCACACAAAGGAGUCCCAGUGGGACCAGCCCACCGAGCCGGCCAAGAAAGCCGGUGGUUCUAGCGGCGGCGGCGGCUCUGGAGGCGAUGCCCCUGACGAGGUGCAGUGCCUCCAUUUGCUGGUGAAGCACAAGGGCAGCCGGCGCCCCAGCUCGUGGCGCGAGGAUAACAUCACCCGCACCAAGGAAGAGGCGCAGCUACUACUGGAGGUCUAUCGCAACAAGAUCGUCCAGCAGGAGGCAACCUUCGAUGAGCUGGCACGCUCCUACUCGGACUGCAGUUCCGCCAGGCGUGGCGGCGAUCUCGGCACCUUCGGCAGAGGUCAGAUGCAGCCACCAUUCGAGAAGGCCGCCUUCGGCCUGAACAUCGGCCAGUUGUCGGGGAUUGUGGAUACCGACUCCGGACUGCACAUUAUCCUGCGCAAGGCGUAAACUGAACAACUCGCUUACAAAAUAAAACUUAAUUUACAGCCAUUUCUGAAUAUAUAA